AUGGCCACAGCUUGUGAUAAGAUGCUUCUUUACCGCGUUGUAUCUUUCGUUAUUCUUCUGUCGUGCUCCAUUGUCUUCGUCCAGGCUGAAAAGCAUUUGAAUGCUAAUGGACCAUUUGGCAAACGUCAUACGGCGCACAAUGAACCAAGUCCAUAUGCCUGUGAUCGAGGAGCAGGUGUUUCAUCAUCCGUUUUUCGUCAACGAAUCAAACGAGUGCAAAAUAUACAAAUUUCCAAGACACUAUAUAUGAGCGCUGAUAUUAUCCAAAUAAAAUGGACACCAUUUACACCUUCAUGCAAAGAUGAUUUUGUCGGCAUUUAUUACGCUGAAGUUCCUCUCACUUCAGCUUGUGACUACUUCGACUAUGAAUUUGUACAAUACAAACAGAACAGUACGUUCUGGCAUAUGAUACACCUUCGACGCCCAUUACAGUUUCGUCUCUAUUCGCGUGAUCGCACAUGUUCGGGCAAUUACUCUCUUAUUGCUAUAUCUCCUGUGGUUCAACCGUUGAAUACUAAUGAGCCAACCCAAGUUCACCUCGCCUAUGGUGAUCGAAUCGAUCAGAUGUUUGUGUCCUAUCUCACUAACUCUUCACAAUUCGUGCCACAAUGCCAGUAUGGACUCUCACCUUCAUCUCUUAACUUUCAUCGCAAUGGGACAACUACCACAUACACUGCAUCAGAUAUGUGCGAAGGCAAAGCAACCACAUGGGGUCCACAAGCAUUCAUCGAUCCAGGAUACAUGCACACGGUGCUACUCGAGGACCUUCGUCCAUCGACAACAUACUACUAUCGAGUUGGAUGCGAUGAGCAUGGAUGGUCGUCGAUAUUCUCGUUUACAAAUCGACCAGCGAGUGCAGACGAAGCGGUGAACAUGAUAGCAUAUGGUGAUAUGGGAUUGUCGCCUGUUGAACCAGGUGCAAAAUCAACUAUUGACCGAGUAAUAGCUCGAGUGAGAUCAACGAACAUGACGUGUUUACUACAUAUCGGCGAUAUCAGCUAUGCUCGUGGCACCGGUGCACUGUGGGAUUCGUUUAUGACUCAGAUACAACCGAUUGCUGGCUACGUGCCGUACAUGUCCGGAAUUGGCAAUCACGAAUAUGAUCAUGUACUUGGUGGUGAAAACGAUCCUAGUGGUGCACCCGGCCCAGGAGGAUUUCGACCUGAAUGGGGUAACUACGGUCACGACUCCGGUGGUGAAUGUGCUGUUCCAAUGGUUCGUCGUUUCCAUUCACCCUCGAAUGGCAACGGUCUAUUCUGGUACAGCUUCGAUGUCGGUCCAGUUCACGUUGUAUACUAUUCUACAGAACAUGAUUUUCUUCAUUCAUCACCCCAAUAUAAAUGGCUCGAAAAAGAUCUUCGUUCAGUCGAUCGCACACGUACACCAUGGAUCAUUGUUGGUGCCCAUCGACCAAUGUAUGCAUCGGAAACCGAUGAACCAGAUGAUUUCAUCAAACUAAUGUUACAAUUUUACUUAGAACCUCUAUUUUAUCGCUUCCGCGUCGAUCUCAAUCUCUUUGCACAUAAACAUUCCUACGAACGAACAUGUCCGAUGUAUCGAGAACGUUGUAUCGACGAUGGUAUAACACACGUACUAAUUGGCAUGGCUGGUCAAGAUAUCGAUGGUGGAGGUUACUCUGGUGCUGAAUGGAGUAUCUAUCAUGACCAAGAAUAUGGUUACAGCCAAAUAUGGGCGAAUCGAACAUAUUUACAUUUCACAUAUUAUCACAACGAUGAUGAUAAACUUGCCGACGAAUUUGUACUUCGAAAAUAA